AUGUUUCAACUAUCUUCAGUCUUUUUCGUGCUGCUCCUGGCUUCACAGCAUGUCACUGCAAUCAACUUCCCCUACGAACGCACCACACUGAAGGAUUCCGACAUCGGAAACAACUCGGACAUAGCAUUUGGUGAUCCAAAAAAACCUGUUAGCAAAGCGAGAUGUCGAGUCUAUCCUGGAGAUGCGGACUGGCCUUCGAAUGCGAAGUGGGAUAGAUUCAACGCCACUCUUGGAGGAGCACUGAUCAGGGGAAUUCCACCUUCCGCAGCUUGCUACCAAGGCCCGUAUUAUAAUCCUACCAAAUGUAACGAAGCUAGACGAGGCUUGUCCAGCUCUCUGUAUACUGGUGAUGACCCUGUCGUACCAAACGCACCAUGGCAGCUGGGUAAUCCAUGCCCGAUCCCACCUGUGGGUUUGAACGAAACAACGCCAAUCUACAAUUGCAAUAUAACUGCAUAUCCAGCGUACGUGGUGAACGUAACGACAGUCAAGCAUAUUCAACAGGCAGUCAACUUUGCACGCAACAACAAUCUUCGUAUCACCAUCAAGAACACUGGCCACGAUUGGCUCGGGCGAAGUACUGGUGGAGGCGCUCUCCAGAUCUGGACACGUCACCUGACUGACUUCGAAUAUCUUCCUUCUGUGACGGUUGGAAGAUAUCGAGGACGAGCAGCGAGAGUCGGCGUCGCCCUUGAGCAGUACAUGCAUUAUCCCCACAUGGUCGCGAACAAUAUUACGAUGUUAACUCCAGGAUCGUCAACGGUCGGUGCCUACGGAGGGUUCAUGCAAGGAGGCGGUUUUGGUUAUGUUACGUCUAAAUAUGGUCUCAUGGCUGACCAAGUGCUAUCGUUCGAGGUCGUGACAGCAGAUGGAAGGUUUGUCCAUGCUGGCCACGAUGAGAACAAGGACUUAUUCUGGGCGAUUCGUGGUGGUGGUCCUGGAAACUUUGGCAUAGUAACUUCAGCGCUGGUGAAGGCGUACGAUCCGGCUCCUGUAUCAGAAGUCCUGUUCAACCUGCAAACAAACCCCGUGGUAGGAAAUUCGUCAAACACAUUCCAGGUACCGGACAAAGAGUUAUUCUGGAGAGCUGUCAAGAUCUACUUCGCUCAACUCCCUCGAAUGGCAGACGUAGGUGGUAAUGGCUGGAAUAACCUCACCCCUGGACGUUCUGGUGGAAGUAACCAGACCCAGACGCUACAGCUGACGGGUCGUUAUACGCUGCCUGGUUUCAAGUUAGCUGACGCAAGGGCUUUCUUCGCUCCAGUCUUCCGCGAGCUGAGAGAGGCAGGUGUCAAAAUAACCCCCGUGGAGCCGACGUUCUAUGAGACGUAUGCCAAGUACAUCUUUCGACCACAAGGACCAGGAGAGAGCGCCGGCGGAGGUCGGUUCGGUUCGCGGCUCAUCCCACGCGAGAAUCUCGAGGACAUUGAUUCCAAAGUGUUCAACGAUACUAUUGGCUCCUUCCGCACUCUGGUCGAAGAGGGCGGUUAUCCAUUCCACUCAGUCGACUUUACGCCUACCGAGGAAGUCGCAGGAUGGCCCGGAGCAGAUAACGCAGUAAAUCCCGCCCUUCGCAAUGCCAUCAUGCAUGUUACGAGCUACGAUACCGGAUCGUAUGGCCCAGAGGCCUCACCCGCUCAACAGAUUGCGAGUCACGCCCGUCACACAUCAUACAUACAGAAGAUCAGGGAUGUGACGCCAGGCAGUGGAGCAUACAUGAAUGAGGUUGACACUGAAGAACCGAAUUUUCAACAGAGCCUUUACGGCGACAAUUGGGAGCGUUUGUCGGACAUUAAGGUGAAUAGAGAUCCGUGGAGUAUUUUCUAUGCCGUUACGAUGGUUGGUAGUCAGAAUUGGAAGGUCGAGGGCACACAAGGCCUACCGACGCAACAGGGGAGGCUCUGCAGAGUCGCGGCGUGAGAAACCUUUCUUGACAGCUGGGGCAGGUUCGCUUUUAGUCUUUGACAGCUUGGAAGAGGUCGAACGAGCGCAUCCAUGUUACAAGUUAUCUAGACGCGUUUGGCGCUGGCGAUAGUGCAGGGACAUACAUAUCCAAUUCAUUUGCGCCUAG